UAAUAACAUCAACAGGUCUGACUUGAAGAAAUAAAACAAAAAUGAGAGGCAAGGAUGCAAGUCCUCAUUCCUUCUGGAGUUGCUUCCCAAGGAGUACUAUGGGCCUACGAGAGGACAAAGUCGGUAGCUUGGAAAAUGAGGCCAAGAGGAGGCGAGAAAAGUUGCUGGCGCUGAAGCGCAAGUCUCGCAGAGAUGACACCGCGGAGGAUGAACAGCAGGGCCAAGAAGGAGGGGGUGAUGAAGGGGGAGAGGGAUCCAAAGACGGGGAGGAGUUACCUGCCACACAAGUCCUCUUCAGGAACUACAAACCUGAAAGUGGGACCCUGCAGGAAGUAGCACUCCCUGCUGAAGCUCCAGCAGAUGUGGAGAUGCUGGUCAAGACACAAUUGGAUGAUGGAGAAAAGGCCAAGGAGGAGGUGCAGGUUGAGAUCACCAAUCUUGCACCAAAGAAGAUAACCUUUGACUUGAAGCGCUGCAUCCAGCCACAGCUUGACAAACUUGAGAGGCGCACUGACAAGGCCAUUGCAGAGCUCAUCCGACAGAGACUAAAGGAAGGUAAACAACAAGACUUCCUCAUUGCUGUAAAUGCAGGAGCACGAGCAAACCAGAAAGCAAGUUUUGAUUCUGAUGAAGACUAAACUGAUUCUUCGGUGUCUGUCAUAGCCUUUUGUAAAUUUUUUGGUUUCAAAAUGUUGGACUAAUAUAAAUUUUUCUAUAUCUGAUAUCUGUCCUAAAGUUGCUCUUCCAAGAUGAUGGCUGCAAUGAGGUUUCAUAGGGCCAACUGCCUUAUAAAAGGCCUUUUGGGAAACAUAUUUAGUAAGUUAUUAAGAUUACAGCAAAUCCAGAUAACAGUAAUUUAUCCUGCAGUUACAUUAAGAACAAUUAGUAACUGCUUAUUCUGAGACAUCUCUUUGUGCACACCUAUCCACAUCCAGAGUUGCUAUGAGUGAGGCUGAUUUCUCCAUCACUAUCAAGAGGGCCUCAGUAGAGCUCAGACAAUCUAGGGAUUGAUGUCACAUGGGAACAUUUUGGGAAUAUGUAUAUCGAUACCCAGGAUACCUAGGCAAAAGUAUCUCACCAUUCAGGGAACUCUUGAGUACUCCCCAUAGCAGGAUGUAUUCACAAUUGAACUGAUUUCAAUCCCAGUUGCCACCCAUCCAGAAAAGUCUAAGAUAUCUCUUAGCAAGUUGAUGCUACACUUAAAUCCCAUCGCCACUUAGAGAAUAAGAAAAAUGGAUAAGAGUGGGCAGCUCCUCAGCCCACCACUAUCUGGGGAUAAAACAUACAUGGAAGGAAAUUAAACUGAUACUUUUAUCAUGAGGUAUAAUGUCAGAAAAAAUUAUCAAUUUUAUAUGUAUUUCAUAAAAUAUACAAGAAAACUUGAA